AGAAAAACUAUAAAACGUGAAUGCAUCCUAAUUACAAGGCAACACCGUCAGCGAGUAAAUAAUGAAGCCGAAGUACUGUAUGUGUUUUCUUCAGGAUCGGAACAUUUAUAGAUAAUGCUUGUGUUUGAUGCUUAGCCUAGUCCUUAGAAUUUUGUGAAAAUAAAACAUUUAAUGAUUUCCUUGUUGUUAAUAUGAUGAUUAAAACCCUCAGUGAAAGACCCCAGCACAUAUUAAUUUAUAUGUCGUGGCACCAACAGACAACUCCACCUGAGCACAAAGAAAGUCAGCGAGACACGAAAUAUCAGGCCCAGUUGAAAAAUGGACCCUAACCACAGCUCUCUUGAUGUGUCAUCUCCUGCACCCUCACACAACCACAGCUUGACCUCUAUUGAUAGAGGCCCUGGUGUUGUUGAGCUCAAUUCACAUGUGGGGGAGUUGGACUCGUACAACAUGAUAGAGCCUCCUCCUUUAGAGUGGAAGUCUGACUCCUCCACUGAGGCUGGCUCAACAGAAGACCUGGACGACGGCAGCUUCCUCUCUCCUUCUGGUUGUCUGGAAAAGGCCAGCUCAGAUUAUGUCCAUGCGAAUGGCACCCUGGCUUCACCUAAUGUGAAGCAGCAGGAGCUUGUGGCAAACAGCACAGAGUUGAAAAAGGAGAAGAAAGUUGAAGUGGAAGUUGAAGUGGAGGAUGAUGUGGAUAGCAUUCAACAGACAGCACAUGAUGCAAAUGUGCAGGAUGAAGAAGCUAACCAAAUACAAGGCGAUGAAGACCACACCCGUAUCCAAACAUUGCUCUGCCAACUUCAGAUGAUUGGGGAAGAAGCUCAUACUUGUCCGAGAACAUCGCCUUGCCUCACUGAGUAUCCACACUCGGGGCCCUGUGAUCUUGAGGAAUGUUCUUUGUUAGCCUUACCAGAGGACAGCACUGAAACCACUGGGUUGUUGUUUUCUGAAAGCAACCAGAGAGAUGUGUUGGGACUGCUGCAGUGCACAGACAUCAGGGCUAAGCCGCAUCACAGCUGCUAUCCCCUCAAAGGAGAAAUGGAUGCUGUAGUGUCCGUUUCCUACAACCAGGAAGAUGCAGAGAGUUUCUGGGGGCCGCAUGGGAAUAAUCAACAGCAGCCAUACAGGGAAGACGGCUUGGUCAACUUGCAGCCUGACACUGACAUUCUUGAGCCGGUAUGGGUGAAAUUGAGGGAAGAGGGACAAGAGGAGGAGGUUUCUGCAGAGCACGAGCAGGAUGCUGAUGAUCAGCCUUCAUACAAAGAUGUGCCUGGUCCAUGUGACCCUGAAGACCUCUUAGAUGGAGUCAUAUUUGGUGCAAAGUACCUGGGCUCAACACAGCUCAAGUCGGAGAAGAACCCAUCUACCAAUGCCCGUAUGGCACAGGCUCAGGAGGCGGUGGACCGUAUUAAGGCCCCAGAAGGGGAAUCCCAACCAAUGACCGAGGUGGAUCUGUUCAUCUCCACUCAGAGGAUCAAAGUUCUCUCAGCUGACACACAGGAGGCCAUGAUGGAUCACUCUUUGCAGAUGAUUUCUUACAUCGCAGAUAUUGGCGAUAUCGUGGUCCUGAUGGCACGCAGGAAGCGAAUAGGGCAGGAAACGGCCUCAUCUUCAUCCUCAUCUUCCUCCAAGCCUCAGAAGUGCUUAAUGAUCUGCCACGUCUUCUCAUCUGUGGAUGCCCAGAUCAUAGCACAGGCUAUCGGCCAGGCAUUUGGAGUGGCCUACCAGCAAUUCCUUCAAGCCAGUGGCAUCAAGGCCAGCGAUCUGCAGCCUGGCCAGUACAGCGACUACCUGGAAAGUCAGGAGCUCUAUAAUGCAGACCUGGCCCACUUCUCUGACACCCAGAACAUCAGAGAGGUUGCUAUCACCAAGGCCCCAGGGGAAAUUUUGGGGUUGGCAGUGGUGGAAUCAGGCUGGGGCUCUAUCGUACCCACAGUGAUGGUGGCCAAUCUCCUUCACGGAGGUCCUGCUGAGCGCUGUGGCGAGCUCAGUAUCGGUGAUCGCAUCAUGUCUGUCAACGGCACCAGCAUGGUGGGUCUACCCAUCACCACCUGCCAACAUAUAAUUCAGGACUUGAAAAGCCAGAAGUAUGUUAAACUCAGCAUUGUCCACUGCCCUCCUGUCACCAUGGCGAUUAUCAGGAGACCAGAUCCCAAGUAUCAGCUUGGUUUCAGCGUGGAGGAUGGCAUCAUCUGUAGUCUAAUGCGAGGUGGUAUCGCAGAAAGAGGAGGCAUCCGAGUUGGACACCGCAUCAUUGAGAUUAACGGACAGAGUGUCGUUGCCACACCGCAUGACAAAAUCAUUCAGAUCCUUACAAAUGCAGUUGGAGAGAUUCACUUGAAGACCAUGCCUGCCUCAACAUAUCGACUUUUAACGGGACAAGAGCAGCCAGUAUUUCUUUGAACUACAACUGAUCAAUGUGAUAAGAUCCACAGGCAUUUGCCACACUAGCACAUUUGCAAUAACCGCAUUGCCACCUUGAACACAACUAACUACAAUUGUUUCAAUUUUUAGAAAGUAUGUUGGAGAAAUGCCAAAACACAGAGAUGGGUUUAUAUUGCUUGGUUUAAGAUUAGCAUGUAUGAAACAAGGCCAUAAGUAGCUGAGAUGAUAUAAUCUACACUGUAGGUACAAUGGUUUACAGUUCACCAAUUUACAUAAAUGAAUCAUAUUUUGCCUCUAAUGUUUUUUUUUUGGCCUUCCAGUUUGUGUGUAUUUUUAUUUUUUUUGACAAGCCCGUACUACCUGAAUAACAUUACUAAUCCGGUGACUGUGCACCUACAUGAACAACACAGGCCUAAUUUAAUCUUUAUGGAUGACAAUGCUCCAGGUCAUCAAGGUCGCAUCAUUAGAGAACAGCUGUUGGACACUGGUGGACCUCAAAUGGAAUGGUCUGCACGUUCUCCAGACCUGAAUCCUAUUGAAAAACUGUGGGAUCAGCUGAGUUGCCAUGUAGAUGCUUGAAAUGCUGCACCCCAGAACCUCAAUGACCUGAGGGCUGCCCUUUAAGAGGAGUAGGAUGCCAUGCCUCAUCAGACGAUAGUUUGACCUGUGAACAGCAUGGGACAACAUCGUCAGGCUGUUAUUGAUGCUCAAGGGCACAUGAUGAGUUAUUGACAAUUUGACAUAUUUUGUUGUGUGUACCCCCCAUUGUUAACUUUUGUUUCAAUGAAUUGUUUGAGAUGAGGAAAUCACCAGUGCAUUUUUCUACUUAAAUGCCCUAUGUUCAUGAUAUAAUAUCACUGUCACCUGAUCUUGAUACAUUUUCCACACAUUCCACGUGAAAGCCAAAUAUCUUGUGAGUAGUGUAUAUGCUUAUUUUAAGACAACUGCCAUUUGACAUCGAAUUCUGUAUUUUUUUAAUGAAAUUGCCGUUUUGGAUGUUCAUUAAACAUAUGUAGAAUAUUG